UCUUUCGCAGCAGCUGAGAAAAACGUGUACACGGGAGCAGAGAAAAUGGCGGAUGAAGAUGGAAGUGUGGAAGACUAUCCGACUGAGAUUGAUGAGUAUCUGACAGGAUUCGACUCUUCCGUAACUUCAGUCAACAAAAUGGUGCAGACUUUGAUGUCCGUGUCCAGAAACGAGCUCCUCCAGAAACUGGAUCCCCUCGAGCAAGCCAAACUGGAUCUGAUGUCUGCAUAUGCCCUGAAUUCACUUUUUUGGACAUAUUUGGUGACACAAGGAGUAAAUCCAAAAGAACAUGGCAUUAAGCAAGAAUUGGAAAGAAUCAGAACAUACAUGAACAAAGUCAAAGAAAUCACGGACAGAAAGAAGGCGGCACGUCUUGACAGAGGAGCAGCAUCUCGAUUUGUGAGAAAUGCCCUGUGGGAGGCAGAAGGCGAAAAGUCAAAAGCUACAUCUGAUGACUCCCAUCAGUCUAAGCGGCGGAAGCAGAGUUGAAUCAAAGGGGAUUCACAAGGGAUGAGAAUGAUGUUCUGAACACCAUGGCUGAAAUAGGCAGCAAGGGAAGAAGGCUGACACAGGACAGUGUAGCAAGGAGAUGAUAGUCAUUUUUUGUUUGCUUAUAAAGAAAGUAAUUUACCAUUGAUGAAGUAUUAUAUUUGUAACUGUGUUUGGAGAUGUACAAACAUUUUUUUACAUAUAUGUAGUGCCCUUUAUAUUUAUUCACACAUGAGAUUAAGCGGGAACAAAAAUAAUUACAUGAAAGGAAAUUGUACAUACUGGGUCAUGCUUAUACUUUACUUUUAAUAUUGUACAGAACAAAUUCAGAUUGUCCAUAAAUAAUGCAUUUUAUACCAGAAUGCAUGAAUAUCACAUUUUGUAAAUCUUUUAAUGAUCUUUUAAUUAAAAUCCAACAAAAACAUCUACAUUGAAAGUCUACAUUUUGGAAGCGGGCUGAAAAUGGUCCAAAGCAAUUAUCCAGAUCUACAAAUAAAUGGUUAUCUGAGCACAAAAUCAUUGUUUGUAGCUGGCCUUUUCAGUUUUCAUACCUCAGUCCAGACUAACAUUUGUGAUUCUAACUUGAGACGGCUGUUCAGAAACAAAACCCCACAGAUCUUUUGGAUUCUAUAAGAAUCUUGAGUAAUUCUGCCAGGAGGAGUGGUGAAAUAUCCUUGCUCAGAAGUUCCAGAAGCUCAUGAAAUGGUCUUAAGUGCAGUCCAUGCAGGUGGAGGAUUUAUGCAAUCCUGACUACAGGGGUGCAAAUGUAUGUGACCAUGAUGUCUGGAAGAAAUUUUUAUUAUUUUAAGUUGUUGUUUGGGAACUUUUCUCUGGGUGAUGAUAUCAAGUAGUAGUACAUUCAAAACAGUAAGCAGGAAAAUUGCAAUAUCCAAUCCAAUAUUCAUUUAUUUAAUUGCAUCACAUUGCAUUCAUUUAUUUUCCAGAGUGACUCCCACAAGAAAACAGGAGAGUAUCCAUCCAAGUUAUUUAUCUGUUGUAUAAUAUUAAAAUGUAAUUAGAAAUAUGAACAAACAUGUAGGACACUGUAUAAACAGAAGCAGCAAAUCUUGAUUUCUCUUCUUUUUUGUUGUAUGCAGUAGAUCAUAAGUGGUUUGAUGAAGAAGCGAAGAAAUGCAACUGUCUCUAUGAGCUUGUUUUUUUGUAUUACUCAGUGUCUCCACAGUGGCUGGAGGGCAUAACAUGAUCAAGAAGACUCCCAGCCAAGCUGCAAUGAGACCAAUGCAGAAGAGAUUACUUGGGGUGGGUGGGCAGGACAUUUUGUGGAUUGGGGAAUGUGCAUCUUUUCACAUGGUAUGUAUUCUCUGAAUGGAAGUAGCCUCUUGUAUCUGUCCUUUCCCCAUCUUAGUUUGGAGUCCAUUCAGCUCAGAAGACCUGUCUCACUUUUCUCUGGCACCAAGCUGAGGAGGAACCCUGUCAUGUGAGGGCUCCUCUCAGAACGUAUUGGAAAAGUGUGUGCUUCGAAGUCCUUGAACUUCUAACCAGGCCAUAUGUGCUUACUGAGGAUUAAUGAGGUUACAAACCAGGAAUUUUGUAUGACGGCAAAGUCGAGCAAACAAACUUCAGUCAAGUGACACACAGUAACAUUCCCCAUCUUGAGUCAGUUGUGUUUGUUUAUGCCGUUUGCUAGGAACAUUACUAGUGGGGAAGUCAGCGUAAUAGCUCAUGACAUCAUCAGAGUCGCCCAGAGGCUUGAAGGGAGCAGAUAGGGGUUCCCUGUCAAAGCUCAUCAACUCAAGAUACACUUUAGAAUACAAAACUUUGGUGUCUCGUGGAAAAAAGGAAUUUGGACUGAAACAACAAAUAGAGUGAAGCUGUGUGCAGACUUGUUUGAAAAGUGUCGGUCCAAGGCAGAUGGGGAAAGUGUGUGUUGGAGAGUGCAGGGCACGAAAAAAAUGUUGUGGGACUAAUUAAUGCUUCAGAACAGCGUGAGUAUUGUUGCAGUGCUGGAGGGUGUAAUUAGAUGGUAGCUUCAUGAGGAAGCUGCUAUAAUAAGGUGCAGCGCAUUUGAUCCUAGGCCUUGAUAUUGUCGACCAUUAUUAGCUCAGAUGCACCUCUAAAUGCAUGCAUGAAUAUGCUUCACAGAUUUCUGAAUAAGAAAUAAUUAUGCUAUAGGCAACAUACUGAGAUUGAAAGGGGGACAAAAUAUCACACAUUUUUGACAUCUACUGUAGGAUUUAGAAAGUGUUUGAUCCAUGGG